CCUGUGUGUGUUCAAGUGUUCUCUUCUGCUCCCACUACACAGGGGAAUCAGUGUGUGGCCACCCCUUGGUGUAUGGUGGAGAUAGAACGGCUACCAACCUCAUCAUGGCCCUCGCUCUCCUGCCCCUGCUCUUCUCAGUGGUCUUGGCGGAAGACCCCUUCUACAUCGAGUUGUCCGCUCAGUUCCCGGUGGCGCUGGACCCCGACGGCAGCGACCAGUACCUCUUCUUCAUCGUGCCAAUCCAGAAGAGCGACGACCUGAACGUGGUCGUGCAGGUGGCGCAGGUCCAAGAUGGGUCGUACCUCCGCAACGACUCGAGGGCUGCAAUAACCGCGGAAGCAGAGAACAACGACGUCAAUGUGUCAAGGACCUUCAGUCCCGAAUUGUCCCUGGAUGAUGUGUUUCGCACUGGGGAGGAAGACCUCGAGCCGGAGUUCAAUUUCCAGGUCCCGGUGGUCGUCCCCCUCAACUUCCCUUUCCGGUACAACCCUUGGGAUGGGUCGCCGGAGCUGCCCAACUGCGCCGUCGACUCGCGCACUUGGAUGGAAAAUGUCAUCUACAGAAUCUCGACCACAAUGAAUCUGGAUUACGAUCCUCAGUGGGACCAUACUGACCUCACCUUAAGGAUUCGUCUGCUGAAGGACAAGUUGGCGGCAACGUCAGUGGAGGACCUCUCAACCUCCAGCCUCCUUUCGGACUUCGUGACGAAGAUCGUGUCUUGCAAGGCUCUCGCGGGAGCUAGGACGUCGGCCAUCCUGCAGAAUAUCGACAGUCUCACAGCUGACUAUAGCGGCGUCGUGUCCGAAGCCCUUGACACGUACCGCCUCCUUGGCCGGUCCCUGGCACUGGCUAGCGUCGCUGCGGGCUUACUGCCUUCGAGUUCGGAAGUAGAUGUCACUGUUAGACAGAUAAACUUGUCGAGCUCCUCGGUCGACACAACACUGGUCCAGCUUGAUGCCGCUUACGAGUUAGUGCGGCAAAUGCAGAGCCAAGAAGAGGACUCUUGAAUAAUUUUUAUUUUUACUGAUCAUUCCUCAUUGGUUUUAUUUGGACGCUUUCAGUUUCAGUUUCAGUUAACGUAACGGUAUCUUCUAUUAACUAUAGCGCAUGAGGAUGCUUCUCCUUUGUAUAAAUGCAAUCAUAAUUAUGAAUUGAUAUUUGCAUGGGAGAGCAUUACCUUGCUAUCGGAUGAUUCUUUGUGUUCAGUAAAUAUGUAUGGCAAAUUAUGACUUCCCUUAACGCCCAAGUCACUAUUCUAAGAAGGGAUCACAUUCAUUACUAAAAUAAGUAACCUUUGAAUUAAAAACAAAAAAGUGCACAAGAGAAAAACCGAAUUUUUGGUGAUUCGCUUUGUCAGCGAGCAAAAGCAUAGUGUCUACACGGUUUUAGAGGGUGAAUCAUAAAGACCUUAUUCAGC